AAAAAAACAAUAUUACAAUCAAUCCUACGUGGCAAGAAUGUGGGACCCACCUUAAGAGGGGUCCAAAGUGGAUAGAAAUUUUGUAAUUUCCCUUCUGAUUCACAAAAUCUAAAACCCUGUUUAUGUUCUUUCUACUAUUAUUAUUAUUGCAAAAUUACUCUAACCCAGAAACACACACACACACACACACACACUCACUCACUCAAAUUCAGUAGAAAAAUAUAAAAAAUCUGCACUUUGAGAAUAAUGGGUCUCAAACCCUAGAAAAAUUGUCAUCAAAUAAGUCUGGAAUCUGGAUGUGGAUGUAAAGGUUUAAUUUUGAAGCAGAAAAAGGAAGUGAUUGAGAACACAACAAAGUGACCAGGAUUGAGUUACUACUGUUGCGAGCGGAUAUUAUUGGGAGUGGUUUGAUGUACAAGGCAUGACAAUAAGAAAUACUAAGUUCAUCAAGUCAGAAAACUUUUGCUUUAUUACGACUUAAGGAAGCUUGGAUGGAAAACAAAAUACUUCCAUCUUCAUCCGGAGGCUACGACAUUGAUUCCCGUGGGACGCGUUUGGGUAAAAGGAUAUCAAGGCCAGUUGAUUUGCCUGAAUUUUCCUGGCCUCCAGAGUCAAGGUUAAAAGAGAAUGGUCCAGUCUUAUCCACUACAGAAGAAAACACUCGUGAAUCAACUGUAAACCAAUCUCAGUCUGUCAAAAUGGUUGCUCUUGGAGAUCGUUUCCAGCGUGAUCAAUUUAAUUAUCAGAACAGUGUCGAAGGAUAUAAAUUCACUAGUAAUAGGAAGACACAAGAAAAUGAAAUUGAAAGUAUAAACCAUUACCCUUUAUGCAUGCAGUUGCAAUCUACACAGCACCAGCAUCCACAUUGGAAAUCUGAUGUCCCAACUGGGGAGACGCCUGAAUUGCUAAAUUGGGUAUCAAAGACAAGUAACAUGCUUGCACAUGCUGACACUGGUAGAUCCUCUUCAAAAUCCGAUAAUUUGCAUACUGAAAAAUCUCAAUUCCAUCCUUAUCAGGAAGAUUUGGUUUCUGGGAACCCUGUUGUCACCUCUAGGAUGCCAUUGGAAAUGCAUUAUGUUUCCACUAGAGUUGUGAGAGAGGUUGGAGCAGUUGAGCAGAAUUUUUCUCAGCACCAUACCACAUAUUCCUCUUCUCAUGGAAGAGGUUGUCCCGAGGAAGCCAAUAGAUUUGGGAAUUCUUGUGUUCUGGAACCAAGUCUUCAGUCUUCAAACAGAACUGGAAGUAAUAUUCCCGCAUAUAGAGAUAUUCUUUCAGGAGUCUCGGCUUCUACUGACCAAAAGGUUGGUGGAAAGUCAUUGCAUAAUGAGGCUCAGAGUUUCGUUGGUUCUUUUGAUAAUCGUGUAGACAACUUACUUGAAAGUAGAGGAAGAAGUCACAUGGAAGGUGAUAUGAAAAUGAAGGACCUGGAAGCAAUAAAUAAGGAGAACAUCAAGAGUUCUUUGACAGACGACCUUUCCUCUAAAGAUGGGCACUCUCCAUCAAAUGGUGUUCAACAUGUUGGAUCAAAUAAGUCAAACCAUAGUUCUCACAGAUCAGAUAAGAAGACUAGGUUACCGUCUAAUAAAAUGUCUCCUGCAGCUGAAAAGCUAUGGGAUGGAUCUCUUCAGCUAAACUCAUCUAUUACUGUGUCUGUGGUGGCUUUCUUCAAAAGCGGUGAGAAGUUGCUUGAUAUCAAGUGGUCUGAACCUGUAGAAGUUAAAGGCAAAGUAAGAUUAGAUGCAUUUGAAAAAUUCAUUCAAGAUCUUCCUCGUUCACGAAACCGGGGACUAAUGGUAAUUUCUCUUUGCUCCAAGGAGGGAGCUUCUGAAAAAGGACUCAAGGACAUGAAAGAGGCUGCAAAAGGAUAUAUAAUAGGUGAAAGAGUCGGACUUGCAAAGCUCUCUCCAGGUGUUGAUCUCUACCUUUGUCCUCGGAGCGAUGCAAUUAUCACUAUUCUAGCAAAAUAUGGUUUCUUUAAGGGAAUGGCAGCUGUGGAAGGAAACUCUGAGUUGAUGAUUGGUUGUGUUGUAUGGAAGAAGAAUCGAACUGCUUUGACUUCUGUUGCUAAAAAGUCUGAGGAAAAGGCUAAUUCUUCGCAGGAGCAGCUUCAAAAGUCACCAUGUGAUUCUUCUACGUUGCAAGGUGAGAGACAAAGUUCUUUAUCUGUGCCAUCAACUGAGAGUUCAAAACGAUCUGCCCCACAACAGGCAAAUGUCACGGAUGACAAGAAUGUGAACAGUAUUGAUUCCUCAAGCAAGACAACCUUAACAACUUCAGGUGUGAAGUCACCCCCUUUUCAGCAAAAAGAAUCUGAACUUUUUAGCUCGCGUCUUUGGGGAUCGAGCAGUGAAGCUUCACAUCAGUCAAAUGCUGAACCACCCAAGGAAAGUACGGACCUCCCAAAAGCUGUAAUACCGUUGCUGCCUAAUGCAUCAAAAUGGAAGAUGGCAUUAUCAGAUGAUGAUGAUCUCCCUGAAUUUGACUUUGGAACUUCUAGUGGAAUAUCUUCAAGUUCACAUCGUUCUGAUGGAUCCAUUCUUGGCAAUAGGCUUCAACUUUCUGGAAGUAGGAUUUUAGAUAUGUCUAAACAGCCAACCGUACCUGUGGCACCUUCCUUUUCCAUGAGUAUUCCUAGGUCGGUAAUAUCGGUCAGUAAAGACAUGCCCCUAGCUAGAAAUGUUAAUGACCAUGGUCAACUGGUCACUGGUUCUAGGCAAAUGGAAGAAAAGCAUCACAGCCAAAGUCAUGCUAUUCCAGUGGCAGUUACAGUUUGUGCCUCUGGUUCACCAAUUGUUCUGUUUGAUAGCUCGGAUAAGAAAAACUUAUUUUGUGAUGAUGAUAUGCCUGAAUGGUUGCCACCAGAUGCUCGGAAUGAAAGAAUAAAUGAACCACCAAGAACCUUACACCCUGAAUCUUCAAACUCAACCUCAAGAAUGUUUACCCCUCUUCCUACAGGAUCAGUAUUUCCUUAUCCGUCCUCCACCACAGCCCAUAACAGUUUUUCUUCACAACCAUCUCCUCCACUCUAUCAUCUGCCUGUCAAUUCCAAAGUGCCACCCCCCAUACCCUCUCAAGAUGGUCCUAGUUAUAUGACAGGAUUCACCUUUAAUCCUGUUCCAAGGCCACAGUCUGGUUCACUUGCUGCUGCAAGUUCUUUGCAGCCUCCUGAUAAAAGAGUAAGGAGGUCUUGAUAGUAGCUUGUAAACUCAAUCAACAGUUGGACAGUUCUUCAAAAGUUAUUCAGCGCAUUUCAAAGCUGUAAAUAUGCAUGGAUAGCUAGUCAGGACAGGCUAUAGUUGGUUUUUCUUUCUCUACUUCUUUUUCUAUUCCCUUCAUGUGAAGUAGUGUUCCUACAGUAACAGUCAAACAGAGGACUAUUGUUGUGAACAGGCUCUUCUGCAUCUUAUACUUGGUUCAUUUACCUGCCUUAAUUAGUUGUCUUGUUGAUUUUCUUU